CCUCCAGCAUCUUCUUCCAGCAUCGUCUUCCCCUCCGCUUCUCUUCUCUUCUUGCAAAUCUUUCACAUUCGAAGUCGCGCUGAAAUCUCUUCUUCGCUUUACGACUGUCAUCUUCAUUCUUGGUUCUCAGUAUGAAGGCCAUUUUGCUGCUGGCUCUACUGGGAGUGGCUUCUUCGCAAAACUUCCCUUCCAGUUCUUACGGGGCUCCUAACGGCGGCUUCUCAAAUGGCUUUGGGGGCUCUAAUGGUGGCCCCAGCAAUGGGUAUGGUGCUCCUCCAAGCAGAUCAUACGGGGCUCCAAAUGGCGGGUAUGGUGUCGAUGCCGAGAUAGCAGCUUUGUCCGAAAACAUUCCAGGUGGCGGCGUCCCUGGCGAAGACUAUCCAGUCUUGGCCUCCGUCCCUGAAACUGGCUUCUCUUGCGACGACCAGGCUGUCCCUGGCUAUUACGCCGACACCGAUCGUGAGGCUGGCUGCCAGGUCUUCCACAUCUGCCAGGACAGGCCCAAUGGACGCCGGCAGCAGGACUCCUUCCUCUGCCCCAACGGCACCAUCUUCAACCAACAGUACCUCGUCUGCGACUGGUGGUUCAACUUCGACUGCGCUGACGCCGAAUCCUUCUACUCCGUCAACGAACUCAUCGGGGUUGAUCCUAAUGCCGGUUACGGCUAUGGACCUAAUGGCAACGGAAAUGGAAGAAAUGGUAAUGGGGCAAAUGGCUACGGAUCAAAUGGCAAUGGAAAUGGCAGAAAUGGUAACGGUGCCAGCGGAUAUGGUUCAAAUGGCAAUGGAAAUGGAAGAACGAACGGCAAUGGCAGAAAUGGUAAUGGUGCCAGCGGUUAUGGUUCAAAUGGCAAUGGAAAUGGAAGAACAAACGGCAAUGGCAGCAACGGCUAUAGUUCAAAUGGAAAUGGAAACAGACGUAAUGGAUCAAGCAAUGGCAAUGGCAGAAAAAAUGGUAAUGCCAGAAAGAACGGCAAUGGCAACGGAAGAAAUGGCUACAGUAAUGGCAAUGGAAAUGGCAACAUCUUCAGCAAUGGUAAUGGCAAUGGGUACAGCAAUGUCUUCGGUAACGGCAACGGAAACGGCAAUGUUUUCGGCAACGGUGCAGGAGCCCCGUCCGAGAGUUAUGGAGCACCACCUACUGCUCCUUCAGAAGCUUACUCCGUCCCCUCUGAUUCCUAUGGAGUCCCGAUCUAAGUACAUUUUGACUUUACCGAUUUUACCUUGAAAGUACAAUCUUAUACGCUCUCAGUGUGGUUUCUAGUUGACGAUUUCUUUGCUAUUUCAAAUUUGCCUUGAGAAAUGUUUUAUCUACGUCUUACGAUUCCUUACGAUUCUCGAAAAUUUCUCUCCUUUUACUUUAAAAUAUUAUUUUAUCCACCUUUCAACUUCAACAUUACACAUUUCUAAGGCGAUUUCUUUUCACAUUUGAAAACCUCUUUAUUUCUAUCUCAGUUUAAAGAAACUUAUUUUACUCUUCAUUUUCCUGUUCUCUUUGAGUGUUUCUUUACCAUCAUUCCUGUCUCCUUAAUCUUUUGUACAAAGCUUCUUUUCUCAGGAUGUUAUGCAUGACAUUAUAAAGCCGUCCUUUUUUUCCAUUGAACUUUCACCUACGACGCCUGUGUCCUCCCUCAAGCUGGGUUAAAAAAAAUGAGGCACCCAAAUCUCAUCUUAGAAAUUCUCGUCUUAACUAAUAUUAUACUAUUCUUCUGAAAUUCAAUAUUAAGAAUUUUAGUUCCCUUUUAAACCUCAUAUCUUAUUUCUUCUGUAAAUAAAUUUCCAACCAGUCCUUGCUUCUGGCUAAGUGUUCUUAACUACUUAAUCGUAAAUAUUUCCUUAAAACAGGACUAAGCAUUUUCAUGUGUAGAUGUCCUGUUUCUGUGCGUUGUCUGAUAUGAUUGAUAACUUACUCUUUUCUUGGAAAUUCUUCUUACUUUUUCCAUGAAUUUCGAUCGCUCUCUGUAUAACUGUUUCUGUUUAUUUCACGAUGUUCGCUCUUUGAAAGUCUCCUCAUCUUCACAAGGCCGCUCUAAUCUUGCUCUUUUGUCUUCCGAAAGUUACCAGUCUUUGUAAUCGCGUUCUUCCCUUUACAUGAAGUAAUUCUUCAAGAAGGUUGUUCCUCUGUAUGCUUGUUCUUACUUUAGUGCCCCUUUCACCUUCUCAAGAGGUUUCCACUCUUCCUGCAUUUGUUCUUGCCUUUAAAAUGUUUCAAUUAUUUUGUGCUACUUCUCACCUUUUAAAAAAAUGUCCUAUAUUUGUAAAUUAAUGCUUGCCCUCAAUCAAAGUUAUCUAUUUUGCUGGCCCUCUCUGUUCUACUACGUUUCAUCAUUUUUGGAAACUUUUUCAUACUUCUACAAAUGGUUCCCCAUCUUGCAAGUCUGUUCUCACCCCAAAGAACUUCACCAUAAUUCUAUGACUUUAACUGCCUUAUUGAAAAAUGACUUAUCUUUGCAUGGUCAUUUUUGCCUUCUAAAUAUAAACUUCAUCUUUUCAAACUUCCCGUCUUUAUAUUCCAGAUCUCUUCUUUUCGAGAAAUUCUCUAUCUUUUUAUGACAGCAUCGACUUCUUUAGUUUCUUUAUCAUGCAGCUGUCUUUUAAAAUUCACCAUAUCUGAUUACAUGCUGCUCUUGCUGAGAAAAGAAGUUUUUGCUCUAAAAGUUUCCUAUCUUUCUAAACCACUUGUCAGUACUACUCAUAUAAGCAAAUUUCUUUUUUUAUUUAUUCUUUGUGGCUCUUUAUCUACCAUAAUUUUACUGAUGUCUGAAGGAAGCCGUUAGUAUAGAUUUAUUUUAUGACGAACAAUAAAAUCCGAGAUUACA